UUGGGUUUGGCUGUUUUUAAAAAGGCAAGCACUGCUGUGAAGUUGAUCAGUCUGCUCAGAAAACUUCCAGAGGGGAAAGUGUUUUGGACUCGGAAAGUCCAGAAUUUCAGUGCGCAACCAAUUGCGCACAAACUGGACUAUUGGAGAAUACCCAAGUGAAUAAUUUUUUUAUAUGUAUAUAUUUAUAUAAAAAUCCACCGGAUUCUUCUUCAUCAUAUAUUUUUCAUCAAAGACUGUUUUUAUUUUCUCAUUUUUAAGACACUCCAACCUGUGCUUUCACUUUGCAUGCGGAGGUUUCACUCGAAUCUGAGCCAAACGUUCAUGCGCUCUCAUAUCUAGUUCUUGCUUCUUUUUCUUUUUUUUAAAUAAUAAUAAUUAUUAUUAUUAUUUAAACAGGACCUCGUUCACUUUGAAACGAAGUAUGGCUCUUCUUGUGCUGGGUACAUUUCUCACAGCGUUGUCCAUCAGCGGAGGCUCUUAUGUGCCUUGCGAGCCGUGCGAUCAGAAGGCGCUCUCCAUGUGUCCUCCGGUCCCGGUGGGCUGUCAGCUGGUGAAGGAGCCCGGCUGCGGCUGCUGCUUGACUUGCGCUCUGGCGGAGGGGCAGGCGUGCGGGGUGUACACCAGUACAUGCACGCACGGACUGCGCUGCCUGCCGCGCAACGGCGAGGAGAAGCCUCUUCACGCCCUGCUGCACGGCAAGGGAGUGUGUACGAACGAGAAGGGAUACAAACCACCGCACCCACCCAUUGAUCGUGAAUCAAUAGAGCAUGAUGAUACAGUGAAGCCAGACACGACUGAAGACCAGAUUCCUAAAAUUCCGCUUUACCCCAAACCAGACGUAAUCCACAGCAAGAAGCAUGCUGCCGUGCGCAAGGACAAGAAGAAACAACAGGAGAAGCAUCGGUCACUGGUGUUGAUGGACUACUCCCCCCUUCCCAUCGACAAGCAUGAGCCUGAAAUUGGUCCCUGCAGAAGGAAGCUGGAUGGAAUCAUUCAAAGUAUGAAAGACACCUCCCGUGUCAUGGCUCUUUCCCUCUACCUGCCUAACUGUGACAAGAAAGGCUUAUUCAAGCACAAGCAGUGCAAGCCCUCCCGUGGCCGGAAACGAGGCAUCUGCUGGUGCGUGGACAAAUACGGCGUGCAGCUGCCCGGCACUGUCUAUAGCGGCGGUAACAUCCAGUGCAAGGAUUUGGAGAACAGCAACAACAACGAGUGAGAAUCAACCCACCCUGAUCACCAGAUCUAGGGCCCACCUCCUUGUCCUGUCCAACCAGUCUACCCGCCAGUCACUUUGAGAUUUUAAUGCAAAAUGACAAAAAAAAACACAACAGCUAUUACAAAUACGAAUCAGACUAAAAAAAAAUGUUAAAGUGAGAUAAUCCACAGGAAUUGUUUUGACUGAGCGCUCAUCUCUAUCUCACUGGACUCCCUGCUAGAGCUGAGUCCCGGCAACAACAAUAAAAAAUUGUUAAAAAUAUAUACAUACAAUUAUAUAUUUUUAUAGAAGCUGGGGUUUGAGCACCAUACUGUUUUGUUUAAAGUUAACAUAAAACAAAA